ACACCACGACAAACCUUGACAAUAUUAUUAUGUCGUUAUCAGUACGGUCGUCGGGUUUUUUUCCUGCAGAUACUAGUUAAUCCUUACAUCUAUAACUAUGAUAUUAUUAUCCGCUAAUCGCUAUUACACUCCUGUUCGAGUGACGAGUAUUUGUCCGAUUUGUCGUUCGUCGCAGUCUCGUCAGUCGACGUGUUAUCGUUGUAGUUCGUCCGCCUUUGUGUCGUUGGAUUGCGGCAUUUGUUAGAUCGUGUUCGAUAAGUGCAUAUUUCGUCCGAUUUAGUAAGCAAACUGCUACGAAUCGCGGUCGACCACAAUGCAGCAUAACGAAGGUAAUAAUGCGAGUAAUAACAAUUAUGCAAUUGGGAGAAAUGAACUGGAGAACCAGGAACAGCAGCAACCUGACGGAGCACGUGAUCCGUGCGGUAAGAUAACCGCCGACCACCCCAGCACCGUAAAAUCUACUUGUAACACCACAGCCUAUUUGAAAUAUUUCAAAGUGGUUCAACCCGUCGAAGUAUCAGUGUUUUCUGAUAAAAACCUGUACGAUGAAUCAGAAAUGCCCGUGUCCCCGAUUACGCCUUCGGGUUCAAACCCUGUUUCGGGAGCGGUAAGCCCAAGAAACGUUAAAAAUUCGGACAGGACGAAUUGGAAAGAAAAAAAAUCCGGACAAUAUGAAUAUCGUCAGGCUCAGUUCAACAAUAAGAAGUACUCAAACAAAUAUCGAAAGAACAGAAACAAUGCCACAGUGAGAUUUAACGAAUUCAUUUCAUCGAAAAAUGUCAACAAUAUACCCAUUAGAAAUGACCAAUCAGGUUCUACAAAUGAAUCUGCUUGUACAGAGCCAGGUUUAAGUCAAAGUGGUUUUACCAACAAGAAUUUCCUGGAUUUACAUGAAAAUUCUGAGUAUGAUUCAGAAUGUGAAUCAGACCCAGGUGAUUUAGAGAAGAUGAAUAUGAUGACGGCUGCAGAUUUUAAUGAUGAUCGUUAUGCUCGCUAUGGGAUACACGAGUCAGAAAUUAAAGACUAUGUGCGCACUAUUACAUACAAAAACUGUAUAGAAUAUUGUUCAAACGGAUAUAUUAAGGAUAAAGUGGUAUUAGUUAUUCGCUGUGGUAUUGGCUUAUUACCUUUGUUAUGUGCUCGGGAUGGAAAAGCCAAAAAAGUAAUUGCUUUAGAACAGUCUGCUUGUAUUGAAUAUGCUCGACGCAUAAUCACAGACAACCGGUAUAGUACUGUGAUCACCUUAGUUCAAAGCAAUGUUCAUGACUUAAAACAGUUACCACACAGACUUAAGAAGGUAGAUGUUAUAUUAGCUGAUUUUUUGGGAGACUGUGUUGUAAGUCAAGGAGAUCAAAUGGAACAGGUUAUAGAAGCUAGAGAUCGUUUUCUUGUUUCAAAUGGCCUAAUGAUUCCUAUGUGUGUUACUCUGUACGGCCAGUUAUUAGAACAAAGACGAGUCUUUGGAAAUUGUCGUAUACGCAAAAGUACUAAAAAGAAGACAUAUAAAAAAUUUGAUAGGCUAACUUUAAACAAGACUGACAAAUCUGAAACAUUGUCUACUGAUACUGACAGUUCAUCAGAUUCAACAUUGUGUUCAUGGUGGAGUAAUGUUUAUGGAUUUGAUAUGAGAUCAAAUACAGAAGUUGUAGUUGAUUGUGAUUCUGAAAGUGUUGACUGUCCUGACUCUUCCAAAAAUAAGUGGUACAUGAUGGAUGAACCUCUAGUCACAUUUUUUGAUCCGUGCAAGGUAGUAUCUAAUGCUUGCUUAAUAAAGAAGUUUGAUAUGUAUAAGUGUACUAUAGAUGAAGUUCGCCAUGUUCAUAGUAAAAACUUAACUUUAGAGUGCAGUACACCUUAUUCGAGUGCCAAUGGAGGAGACUAUGCACAUAUGUUAGAGUUGUUUAUGGUGGUUGAUUUUCCUAAUGGUCAAAAAAUUGCCGAUGACAAGGAUGAUCUACAAAUAGGAUUUUCAACAUCAUCUUAUUCACCAUAUACUAGAUUUAGACAGACUGGUUUAUUGUUACGGGACCAGUUGCUUGUCGAACAAGGUAACAAGUUUAAAAUUAAUGAGUUCCAUAUGUGGCGUGGUCCUCAACAAAGUCAAAAAACUAUGUUGGUUGGAGAAAAUACUAUUGUUAAAAGUACUUGUAACAGAUUUGGACCAGAAGAAAAUUUAAAACUAAGGUUAAGGUAUACAUUUGUCAACAAGUAUACCAAGGCUAUUAACAGACGUUGUGCUUACACCUUAGCAAAGCAAUUAUUUUAAAAUUUAAAUUGAAGGUUUAUGAAUACUAUUAGUAUUAAAUUUGGUUUCAAAAAAAAAAAAAAAUAUUUAAAUGAGUAUUAAAAUUAUUUCUGUGAAUCGAGUUAUUUUAAAGCGACAACAAUAAAGACAAAUUUUUAAAUUAA